AUGCCUGCUCAAUUCAUCAUCUUCGACUUUGAUGGGACCCUCUUCGACACCCAUCAGGCCAUCAUCCACAGCAUCAAAACCACGUUCGAUACCCUCCUUCCAGACUCGCCUCCCUCUGAAAGCGAACUUAAGAAGCUCAUCGGAGGUGGAAAGGGCCUCCAUGACGUCCUGACAGCACUGCAUCCCACGCCUGACUCGUUUGACGAGGCUGAAUGGACAGCGACUUAUCGUCGCAUCUACAACGACGAAGGCCAAAAGCUCGUCUCUCCCUUCCCCGGUGCAAAAGCCCUUCUUGAAACCCUCCACGCGCGUGGCAUCCCUAUGGCAAUAGUCAGCAACAAAGGCGUAUCAGCCCUUCAAACAGCCCUAGCCAACCACUCCCUCGCCCACAUAAUUCCAGAAGCUUUCAUCAUUGGCGACAACACACCCGGAGCAACCAGAAAGCCCGAUCCCGGAAGCUACACAAAUGUGCUUCUUCCAGCCCUACAAGCACGGGGGUUCCCAGCAGGGCUGGACGUUUUAGUUGUGGGCGACACGGAAGCGGAUUUAUUAUUCGCUAAGAAUAUUGGUGCAAAGUCUGUCUGGUGUAGGUUUGGGUAUGGAAACGGGGAGAAAUGUGAGGAGCUUGGACCGGAUUUUAAGAUUGAUGGGCUCGGGGAGAUGGAGAGGAUUGUGGAUGGGCUAUAA